CCCCCCCCCCCCAAAUUUCUCCCUAAUCUCUAUCUCUCUUCUCUCACUUCCCCAGAUUUAGCCCUAAGCCGUUACUUCUCUCUCUCUCUCUCUCUGCAUAUUCCCGGAAAAAAAUUACCAAAGUUUUCGUUGUAUGGUCAAUUGUUCUUCAAUAGACCUUCCUUGCUUCUCUCUUUCCUCCAGAAACACCAAAUCGGCGUCUCCCUUCCGUGUUGACCAGAUCGGACGAAGCGAAUUCCACCAUGCGCUGAGAGAGGCCAAAGGAAGAAGAACUUCUCUUGGAUCCAAGUCAAUCUGGUGGGUGGGUGGGUGGGUGAUAAAUGGGGUUUUUGAAUAUCGUUUUACUCGUGGCCAUGAUUCUCAGUUUCCAUGCCUUCCUCCUUGCUCAAUCGCAACAGCAAGAUCAAGAUCAAGAUCAAGAUCGACGCCAAUCUCAAUCCUCUCCGCCUUCAUUUUGGCAGUCGCAAUCUCCUCCUCCUCCACCGACUCCUCAGUUCAAUACCCCUCCUCCGCCUCAAUCCACCGUUGGCAUUUUGUCUCCUCCGCCUCCACCCUCACCCUCACCUCCUCCUCCUCCGCCGCCUCCACCAUCGCCAUCACCUCCUCCUAAUUCUCCGCCGCCGCCUCCUCCGAAUGAGCUAGCUUCUCCCCCGCAGUCUCGUAGAAACAAACCACGGAGGUUACGGCCGCCACCUCCUCCGCCUGUACGGACCUUCAAGCAGUCGGAGAAAAGCAGCGGGUUAAACACCGGGAAGAUCGUGGGUCUGGUGUUCGCUGGGAUCGCAGCAUUGCUGCAGAUUUGCGUCGUUGCCUUCUUGGUUUUCAAGAGAAAUCAGCUGUUGAGGAUGACUCGUACUUAUUGAUUUGGGGGAGAAUAUAUAUAUAUAUAUAUAUCUAUAUAUCUAUUUAAUUGAAUUUUCAUUCAUUGCCUGGAAAAAAAACACUCACUUUUUGAGACACGAUCAACGACGAUACUUUCUUGGAUCAUGAACAUCUUCCUCUGUAAAUGAUGGCCUCAUUCUUUUUCUUUCUAUUCUAUCUUUUUCUCUGAA